AUGUCCUCGCCGCCUCUCGCCGCCGCCGAACCCCCCUACUCCUCCUCCCCAGGCACCGCCGGCAAUGCUGCUGCUCUGACGUCGCCCAACGCGAUCCCCCCGAGGACCUCUAGCACCGGCCUCCACCACCAGCACAUCAACCGCGCCAGCCUCAACGCCGUCCAGCAGGGCCACGCCGGCUUCACGCAGCCCACGCCGCUGCCGGCGUCCGUCCUCGCCCCCGUCUCCGAGGCCGACUGGAUCGGCCAGCGAGGCAAGAAGCCGCACCACCAGGCCCCUCCAGGCACCGACUGGCGGUCCCCCGCCCUCUGCUUGAGCCCCGGCUUGGACACCAUGGGGUCCAAGUCGGACUCGUCCGGCGCCGCGUCCCCCUACCAAGGCCCCGGUGCAGCCGAGCGCUAUGCCUGGGACGACCUCAACUUCACCCCCAAGCGCUGCUGGACCCAAGAGAAGGAGGCCGUCAUCCGCGCCCCCUUCGACUACGCCCUCAGCCACCCCGGCAAGAGCUUCCGCGCCCAGCUCGUCGCCGCCUUCAACGCCAUGCUCGACGUGCCCGCGCCCAGCCUCGAGGUCAUCACCCGCGUCAUCGGCAUGCUCCACGAGGCGUCGCUCCUCAUCGACGACGUCCAGGACUCGUCGGAGCUGCGCCGCGGCUUCCCCGUCGCGCACAACAUCUUUGGCGUGCCCCAGACCAUCAACUCGGCAAACUACAUGUGCUACGUCGGUCUCCAAGAGCUCCAGCGUCUGGAGAACCCGCGCGCCGUCUCCAUAUUUGCCGAGGAGCUCGUCAACCUCCACCGCGGGCAGGGCAUGGACCUGUACUGGCGCGACACCCUCACGUGCCCCACCGAGGACGACUACCUCGAGAUGGUGGGCAACAAGACGGGCGGGCUGUUCCGCCUCGGCAUCAAGCUCAUGCAGGCCGAGUCAUCCGCCGACGUCGACUGCGUCCCGCUCGUCAACCUCAUCGGGCUUAUCUACCAAAUCCGCGACGACUACCUCAACCUCGCGUCCAAGGAGUACACGGAGAACAAGGGCAUGUGCGAGGACCUGACCGAGGGCAAGUUCUCCUUCCCCGUCAUCCACAGCAUCCGCUCCGCGCCCGCCAACAUGCAGCUCGUCAACAUCCUCAAGCAAAAGACGUCGGACGUCCAGAUCAAGCGCUACGCAGUCUCGUACAUGGAGGGCACCGGCAGCUUCGCCUACACGCGCGCCGUCAUCGCCACCCUCAUCCAGCGCGCGCGCAAGCUCGCCGUCCAGAUGGACGCCGGCAAGGGCAGGAGCGCGGGCAUCCUGAAGAUUCUGGACAAGAUGGAAAUAAUCGACUGA